AUGCUGUUUGAUAAAACAAUCAAGAACCGCAACAAACGCCGAGUGUAUAUCACCCUGCACCAUCGUGAUGACCUAUCCCUCCCCCACAACCGGAAGAAAAUGGGAUACGGUGCCUAUAACUGGGCAAUUGUGAUCUCUCCCAAGGUCUCGAUGGGCGGCGACAGCUUCGCAUACGAUGUCACGAACGUCCCCGAGCCCGAUUCCUUUCCCAAGUUCGAGUCCAACCCUGACCGCGAGUGGCGCUAUCGACAAAAACCACACGUCGACCCAGCCAAUUGCUCAACGAUGGUCAAGAAGAUUAUGAUAGGCAAGAUACCCAACGACAUCACAUACUCCCUUAUCCAGUCGUGCUUAGAGUCGAUCCCGAUCGAACAGAACGAUACCCACCACAAGCAGACUGGGGUCAGAUGGAUUGUGCUCGCUAUACAUAAGCUGCAGCAUACUGUUCUCCUUGCGGAGAAAUUCAGCAUUCGGGAGUUUAUUGAUGAAGCAGUCAAGCUUGCCGAUGAGCGUCUGCGGUUGGGACCAUCCGUUCCGGAGGUAACAGACUACACGAAGCAGCCCCAGUCGAUCGAGGAGUCUGCGGGUUCCCCAUCUCGAUCUUCCUCCCUGUGA